AUGUUGCGGAAUGUUUACGCUCCACGCAGAGCUUUCGCCGUACAAAAGACGCUGCGACGAAAGAAAAAUCAGCCGUUUGUCAGGUGGAACCAAAGAAUGACGUUCAGAGUUGAUGGGAGGACGGAUUUUACCAACCAGUCUUGCAGUGCGUGGAGGAUAAUUUGCUUCAAAACUACAAAGCCAACGCCGACAGCUGUGUGGUGGUCGGUUAAGUGUCACACGGGUCCCGAGGUGGUUUUACAACUGAACGAGCAAGGAGCCCCCCAUAACCAGGUAACAAAAAGGCACAGAAAAGAAAGAUCUUUGUGUCAGCAAGUACUGGAGCGCUUUGACCAGCAGUACAGUCAGGAACUUGGAGACCUGUGGCCUUCUGCAAGAGCAGUGCUCCUGGACCCUCACUCUUGGCAGUAUGGGGUCAUGCUCAACCGCUUCACCACUGUGACAGGCAUCACACAGAUUCUCCAAUCACAGGGCUUUUCCACAUUGCUGCCGCAAACAGUGUCAAAUUCUAAAUACCAAAAAGGCUCUCUGUUGUCACCUGACUACAUCUCCAAGUGCCCUCCUAAUGACUCCCAUCUCCAACCUGACAGCACCUCUCAUGAGCUCUGUCAAGACCUUCAAUCAGAGCCUUCUCUUAGUUCGCCCCGUCCUACGUUACAAUGUUACAUCCAUCCAUAUCCACUGCGGUUUCCCUCUCAGGCUCACAGGCCUGGCCAGCUGAAGCAGUACUACCUCCUGAAUGCGGCCUCCCUGCUUCCAGUGCUGGCUUUGCAAAUCAGAGAUGGGGAGAAGGUUUUGGAUCUUUGCUCUGCCCCUGGGGGCAAAGCUUUAGCCAUAACACAGUGUGCCACCCCAGCACUUCUCUGCUGUAAUGAACCAGACCCUCACAGACGAGACUGGCUGUCCAAAACCCUGGAGUCUUUUCUGCCUCAGUCACUAAUCAGCAGAGUGAUUGUGUCUGCACAGGAUGGACGGUCUUUUGGGCAAAGUGAAGCAGGAACAUAUGACAAGGUUUUAGUCGAUGCUCCAUGUUCUAACGACAGGAGCUGGUUGUAUUCUUGCAGCAGCCAGCAGGGGGAACAGAGACUGAAGGAAAGAGCCAGGCUGCCUGCGCUCCAGACUCAACUGCUUAGGUCUGCGCUGUCAGCGGUGCGUCCAGGGGGCGCUGUGGUCUAUUCAACUUGCACUCUGUCCAGCUCUGAGAACUGUGCUGUGGUUGAGACAGUGCUGAAUGACUGUCCAGAGGCUGAUCCCGAAGACCUGUGGGAGGAGAUCGCCAUUCCUUUGGCAAAAUACUUUACAUUUAGCCCUGCUCACCCUGGUCAUGGACAAACACCUCACAAGCCAUCCCUGCAGCCACAGAAUGGCACUUCGUCCCCUUAUCGCCACAGACUCGGCAUUUUAGUGGUUCCUCAGCCCGGCAAGACCUGGGGACCCAUGUUUUUGUCUCGGAUCAGAAGAAGGAAAUAGUGUGUGUCCUCCUGUGCAGAAAAGAUAUAUGGAAACAAGUGGCUAAACAUACACAUUUGCUUUGUAAAACAUUUGUCACCCGUGGGUUUUUUAAGAUGCAAAGUACCUUAUGGAACUGGCAUGUAACUCACUCACACAAACUGACAAACACACUAAUGCACAUUCACAACUUUUUUUCUGCUGCCCCCAAAUGGCAAAAACACUCAAUAAUCGCAGGUUUCAUUGUAUUAUUUUAGCCUCUGCAACCCACCCCUUUUUUAUUUAUUAUUAUGAUUUAUUGUUCCUGGCAACUAUAGAAAUUACUGACACUGCAGAUGUACAAUUCAAUGAUAUCGACUGAAAAUGUUUUUUAAGUGCUUCACAUUAAUAACAGUGUGUCCACAUGGUAUAAUAAAAUUGAUAAUACCGUAAGACUGCAA